AUGCUCACCCCAGACAUCGCCAUGACCUAUUCGGGCAUGGGCCCCGACUUUAGAGUGUUGGUAGACAGAGCCAGAAAGCUUGCGCACACCAACUACAAGCGCAUUUACAACGAGUAUCCGCCCAUCCGGAUCAUGGUCCAAGAACUUGCCAAAGUGAUGCAGGCGUCCACGCAGUCGGGAGGUAUUCGUCCCUUCGGUGUCUCAUUGUUGGUCGGUGGAUACGACGAGCAUUCAGACAGCUUCCAGUUGUACCAGGUUGAUCCGUCUGGAAGUUACUUCCCAUGGAAGGCCACUGCUAUUGGAAAGACUGCGGUCUCUGCGAAGACGUUUUUGGAGAAGAGAUGGAACGAGGACUUGGAGUUGGAGGACGUCAUCCACGUGGCUCUUUUGGCGUUGAAGGAGUCUGUGGACGGCGAAUUGACCGGUGAGAACUUGGACAUAUCGGUGAUCAGCGAGCCACAAGAACAUUUGUUGGGAUUCAAGGGCACAGAUAUGACGGGUCCUCGAGUGAAGAAGUUGUCUGCCGAGGAGAUUAAUGAUAGACUAGAUGCGUUGUAG